CUCUUUUUUUCUUCUUCUUAAACCAUGACUAUUUUACAUGAAGAACACCAGUACCUUGAUCUCAUCAAGCGUAUUAUGGAAGAAGGUGAACACCGUGCUGAUCGUACUGGCACUGGGACCUUGGCUAUUUUUGCACCCCCUCAGAUGCGAUUCUCUUUAAAAGACAAUGUGUUUCCCCUUUUGACAACCAAACGUGUAUUUUAUCGAGGCGUCCUUGAAGAACUACUUUGGUUUAUCCGUGGCGAUACUAACUCAAAACACUUGAGUGAUCGCAACGUAAAAAUCUGGGAUGGCAAUGGCUCCCGAGAAUACUUGGAUAAGAUUGGAUUCACAGAUCGUCGUGAAGGUGAUCUUGGACCUGUGUAUGGUUUCCAAUGGCGCCAUUUUGGAGCAAAGUACGUGGAUUGCGAUACAGAUUAUACAGGUCAAGGCAUAGACCAACUUCAACAAGUGAUUGACACCAUCAAAAACAACCCUACAGACCGUCGUAUUAUCUUGAGUGCCUGGAAUCCUGCUGAUAUUCCCAUCAUGGCUUUACCUCCUUGUCAUGCAUUCUGCCAGUUUUAUGUCUCUACACCUGUCAAUGGCGAACGUGCUAAACUAUCGUGUGUGUUGUAUCAAAGGUCCUGUGAUAUGGGUUUAGGUGUCCCUUUCAAUAUUGCUUCUUAUGCUCUUUUGACUCGUAUGAUUGCUCAUGUUACUGAUUUAGAACCAGGCGAACUUAUUCAUACAAUGGGUGAUACACAUGUGUAUGUAGACCAUCUAGAAGGCCUUAAAGAACAAAUCAAACGAGAACCUAGAUCUUUUCCUACACUUGUGAUUAACCGUAAAAUCACAAAUAUAGAUGAUUUCAAAUUUGAAGAUUUUGUAUUAGAAGACUAUCGUCCUCACGGUAAAAUUGAUAUGAAGAUGUCUGUUUAAAUUUUAGAAUUAUAAUAAAUUAAUUAAUUUUUUAUCUUU